AAGGCCCACGGAGCCUUGCGCCGAGGCAGCAUCUGGGCCACGUGCUGGGCUGACCUCUGGCUCUGCGCCAGGAGGGCACGCUCGCUGGGGCCAUAGCCUACCUGAGUCUGUGCUGAUGAAACGACACGUGGGGAAAAGUGACCUGCGAGAAAAGGGGUAAUCUCUGCCCCUUCCCCCAGGGCGCUGGCCAGCCUGUCCCUGCGCUGGCUUGAGGGGAGACUCCUGCAGAGCAGACCCAAGGGGGUCGGCGGCAAAGGACUGUGGGAGCCGUGCCCUGGUGCUCUGCACUGGUGCAGUGCACGUGUGGGCAGCUCCCUUCCCUGUACCACAAAGCACCAUAGUCAGCCAUGCCUGGGCACCCUGGGCACGCUGCUCCACCUGACCGUGCCCCCCACCCCUCCCAUAGGGCACCGUUUCCUGGCACAAGAGACAGCUGGUUCUGGCUGCGGCCGAGGCAGGCGGCUGGCUGGACGACCCAUGGGGAGCUGGACGGGCAUCCUGAGGGCCUAUAAGUCAAAAUGUUCUUACGGAAUAGGUCACUGGGGGACCAGUAUCUGGAGCCCCCUGCAUCAAAUUGCCCCAAACUUGCCCCACAAGCUGCACCCUUCAUGCUGCCCUGACAGGCCAGUUUUCGGGUGGAUCUGACUAUGCACGUGGGUCUAUGAGGCCUUUGCAGGUUCCACUCUAAGCAGCAGUGCCAUUGCAGCGCUAACUUGGGUGUCUCCCCACUUCAGGGGUGGGUCUCUUCUCUGCUCGUUCUACCCCCUUGGAGCUGGGCCAAGGAACAGACACCUGGCCCCAGUCCAGCCCUGAAUUCAUGCAGGGCCUGGGGGCAGAGCUGUCGCCCCAAACCCAUUUGGGGGAACCAGGUUCGGGCAGCAAAACUUUGUGAUGACUUUCAGAGGCCAGGAGCGUCCCAGCGCCGAAGCCUGGGGAGGAGGCCCCGGUGUGCCGCUUGCCAGCUGGGCGGCCCCGGCACCGCAUUGGCACGGAGGAGCCCCUCCCCCGCUGCUCUUGCCUCACAGGAUGUCCUGCUUCCUGCAGGCUGUGUUUUGGUAAACAAGGUGUUGAAAUAGUUAAAGAGCUGAGCAAAGCCCCAAGGGCCUGAGUCACCUCGGCUGGGAGAGGGGCUGAGUGACUCACCCCCCUCCACAGCAUAAAUAGCUGCUGUCAGCUCUGCCCGGCACAGAGCCGCAGGGCAGCCGGGUACCCAGAGACAGACAGACAGACAGCCCAGCGACCUCAGCCCACUGCCUCGCCAUGGGGCUCACUCUCCUGGCCCCGCUCGCCAUGGGGCUCCUGGCCCUGACCUGCUGGGCUGCACCACUCCACUCCAAGCCCCAGGCUGUGAUCACUUUCCCGGGGGAGCUGGUCAGCAAUCGGACGGAUCUGCAGCUUGCAGAAAGCUACCUGCUGCGCUUCGGCUACACGGAGUCCGAGGGGCAGACCCGCAGCAGGCAGCUAUCCAUGGGCAAGGCACUCCGGAGGAUGCAGAAGCAGCUGGGCCUGCAGGAGACGGGGGAGCUGGACGCCAGCACGAUGGAGGCCAUGCGAGCACCUCGCUGCGGCGUCCCCGACGUGGGCACAUUCCUCACCUUCGAAGGAGACCUCAAGUGGGAUCACAAUGACCUCACUUACCGGGUAAUAAACUACUCCCCAGACCUGGACGCCUCUGUGAUAGACGAUGCCUUCGCACGAGCCUUCAAGGUGUGGAGUGACGUGACCCCGCUCACCUUCACCCGGCUGCAGAGCGGCGAGGCCGAUAUCAUGAUCCAGUUUGGCGCCCAGGAGCACGGUGACGGGUAUCCGUUUGACGGGAAGGACGGACUUCUGGCCCACGCUUUCCCCCCUGGCAAAGGGGUUCAGGGAGAUGCCCACUUCGAUGACGACGAGUUCUGGACGCUGGGAACAGGGAUAGUGGUGAAAACCAGCUACGGGAAUGCCAACGGGGCCGCCUGCCACUUCCCCUUCACCUUCGAGGGACAGUCCUACUCCACCUGCACCUCAGAGGGGCGCUCCGACGGGCUGCCCUGGUGCGCCACCACCGCCAACUAUGACACGGACAAGGUCUACGGCUUCUGCCCCAGCGAGCUUCUCUACACCUACGACGGCAACAGCGACGGUGCCAAGUGCGUCUUCCCCUUCAUCUUCGAGGGGAAGUCCUAUGAUGCCUGCACCACAGAAGGGCGCUCUGACGGCUACCGCUGGUGCGCCACCACCGCCAGCUUCGACCAGGACAAGAAAUACGGGUUCUGCCCCAACAGAGACACAGCUGUGAUUGGCGGGAACUCCCAGGGCGACCCGUGUGUGUUCCCAUUCACCUUCCUGGGCCAGACAUACAGCGCAUGCACCAGCGAGGGGCGGCAGGACGGGAAGCUCUGGUGUGCCACCACCAGCAACUACGACACCGACCACAAGUGGGGCUUCUGUCCCGACCAAGGUUACAGCCUCUUCCUGGUUGCUGCCCAUGAGUUCGGCCAUUCUCUGGGCCUGGACCACUCGAGUGUCCGCGAGGCCUUGAUGUACCCCAUGUACAGCUACAUCAAGGACUUCCACCUGCACCCAGACGAUGUCAGCGGCAUCCAAUUCCUCUAUGGCCAGGGCUCUGGUCCUGCACCAACGACCCAGGCGCCAGACAUCCCUGACCAGGCAACCACGCAAGCCGCGGACACCACAACCACAGCAGAGCCUGACACAGCCACGGAUGAUGACUAUCCCUUGCCAACUGAGCCCAGCCCUGUGGACCCCAGCAGUGAUGCCUGCAAAGUGAAUUCCUUCGACGCCAUCACCGAGAUCAACGGGGAGCUGCAUUUCUUCAAGGGCGGGAAUUUCUGGAAAAGCUCUGUAUCCCGGAAGGGGGCGAUUCAGGGCCCAUUCCGGAUCUCGGCCACAUGGCCGGCGCUCCCGGCCCUCAUCGACGCCGCCUUCCAGGACCUGCUCACCAAGAAGCUCUACUUCUUCUCGGGUCGGCGUUUCUGGGUGUACAUGGGCAGCAGCGUGACGGGCCCCCGCGGGAUCGAGAAGCUGGGCAUCGGUAAGGAGGCAGAGCGGAUCUCAGGGGCCCUGCAGAGGGGGCGCGGCAAAGUGCUGCUCUUCAGUGGGGAGAAGUACUGGAGGAUGGACGUGAAAGUCCAGAAGGUGGACAAGGGCUACCCACGUCUCACUGAUGACACCUUUGCUGGCGUGCCCCUCAAUGCCCACGAUGUCUUCCUCUACCAAGGAAAGUACCACUUCUGCCAGGACCGUUUCUACUGGCGAAUGACCCCGCGCUACCAGGUGGAGCGGGUGGGCUACGUGAAAUACGACAUCCUGAACUGCCCGGAGCAGUAGGGCCCAGGUGGCUUCACCUGCACGAGAGCCAACUGGCGCCUCUCCCCGCCAGCGGCUCGUUCAUCCCUGCGCCAGAGCCGGACGGCGCCUCUCCCCGCCAGCGGCUUGUUCAUCCCUGCACCAGAGCCGGACAGCGCCUCUCCCCGCCAGCGGCUCGUUCAUCCCUGCACCAGAGCUGGACGGCGCCUCUCCCCGCCAGCAGCUCGUUCAUCCCUGCACCAGAGCCGGCCUGGCACGGGCCAGCACCUCUCCCCGCCAGCCGCUCGUUCAUCCUUGCACCAGAGCCGGCUGGCACUUCUCCCCGCCAGUGGCUCUUUCAUUCCUGCAGACUCUUGGUUUUUGUUGUUUCGUUCUGUGUGGCAGCCCCAGGCCGGCAGGGGAAGUGGAGGAGUUGGCACGUGGAAUCUCUGCCCAGGGCCUGCCUUCCAGCCCCAGGUGGGUCCAGGGAGGGACGGGCCCUGCUUUCCAGAGACUCUGGGCAGUAGCUCUAAUGGGACAGGGCAAACGAGAUCUAGAGGCGACAGCCUCUGGGAGCUGUAAUAUCCUGGUCCCUCAGCGCCAGCUGCAUCCUGGGUGGGGUGGGGGGUGGGGGAACAGGAUGCUUUAGCUAAAGGCUCUUGUCCCUUGCCCGGGUCUCUGCAGGUGGCGGCCCCCGCCUGCGUGUGCUGCACGGAUUGGUUUGCCUGGUGCAAACUGCUCAGAGAUUUGUAAGCGACUUUGUCUUUUUCCGAAGUUGAUUAAGUCCGUGUCUGUCUGUCUGGGUUUGCUCAGGAGCUGGUGCCCGCGCACUGGGGGCCUGGCGGGUGCCACCGGCCUCAGUGGGCGCAGGGAGUGCUGGGCACGGCCCUCGCUCUCUCUCCUGCUGCCAUUUUUGUACCGUGCACAUUUUUAAUAAAGAGAAUCCUGGAGAAA